UUGUGUUAAGUAUUGCUUUCCUAUUGUGGAGAAGACGAUUCAAUAGAACAACAGAAAAAGGCGAAACUCGUGAGCACCAACUCGAGAAAAUUGAACCAAACCGUCCAACAGCUAAUAGAAGCUUUGCUGAUGGUUCAGAUAACUUAGCCUACGAAACCAUCGGGAGAUGCGAUGAUCCAACCGAGGAAAGGACAUACGAUAGUGUACCAAGAGAGAACUUUGAGAUUUCCUCAAGUCAGCUGAAACUUGAAAAAGAAAUCGGAAAGGGAGAGUUUGGUGUGGUAUGGAAAGGUCAAGGAAAAAACAUACCACUGUGUGAUAAAGUUGUAGAUGUAGCCAUCAAGACUCUCAAAGAUCCGAGUGAGAAGAACAAAGGUGACUUUUUAAAAGAACUGGCGGUUAUGAAACUUCUCAGUCAUCCUAACGUAGUUAGUCUCGUUGCAUGCUGCACCAAAAAUGACCCAUACUAUAUUGUUGUUGAAUACAUGGAAAAUGGUUCCCUGAAAGAUUUUCUUAAAAAGAACAGAGCCGAUGGAAACAAAGUGUAUGACAAUCUCCACUCGGGAACAAAGUCACUCACGUCAAAGCAGCUGUUACUAUUUGC